GGCUCAUUUACACCAAAGUGGAAAAGUAAAAACACAAAUCGAAAAAAGUGUAUCUGGAGGGGCAAAAAAAAAAUAAAAAAAAGCCAUUGCGAAAGGGACAGAAAAAUAAUGACGUCAGCUGACUCGCUGAUCCAACAAAUUGAACAGACCAAGUAAAAAAGAAGAACGUUUCUCUUGCCCUGGGCACGUCGUUGCCAUGGCUCUCGAUCCUAAUUUGACGAUUAGCGAUGUGCUAGUCCUGGAGAACCUGUUGGACGAUAUUAAAACACGGAGGAGCGAGGGGCAAGAUCGUGAAGCUGUGGUACGAAAUAAGACGUCUCAGGAUGAAGAGACGGUCAAGAAACUGCAGGCGUUGAAUGACCCUCAUCAUUCGGAUUUUGAGCCCAGCGUGGUGUUCACAUGGGACAUGAGGGAUCUUCGCCUGUAUCCUUGGCUAGACAAGUGGAUCCUGCAGCCCUACAUUGGUCUUGCAAAGCAAAUUGUUCGGCAUGAGACCGACGUGGUGAUGCUCUCUCAUAUCUUACUCUACUUCACUACCUCCGUCCCUAGCGCAAUCCUCUUAUAUUAUAGGUUCAGUUGGAUACAUGGGAUCCUGCAUUGGCUCAUGCAAAGCUACUAUACGGGGACGUACACCCUGUUGAUGCACCAGCAUAUUCACAUGGGGGGAGUGCUGAAACCAAGAUACCGCUGGUUCGACAUGACAUUCCCUUAUAUCACGGAUCGCCUGAUGGGCCAUACCUGGAACAGCUACUAUUAUCACCAUGUCAAGCAUCACCACGUGGAGGGCAAUGGGCCCGACGACCUCUCUUCUACCAUCCGGUAUCAACGCGAUGACCUAUUCGACUUUCUGUGCUACUUUGGCCGGUUCUUGCUUGGUGUUUGGUUCGAGCUACCACGCUACUUUUUCCGCAAGGGUAACUUUCCCUGCGCUUUCAAGGCAGGGACAUGGGAGAUUCUCAGUCUUGCCUCAAUGUACUGGGCAUGGAACUACCUCGGCUGGAAACCAACGCUCUUUUGCUUUGUCCUUCCGUUUUUACAACUGCGCUUGGGGCUGAUGGUAGGAAACUGGGGACAACACGCCUUUGUGGACGAGGUGGAUCCGAACUCUGACUUCCGCUCGAGUAUUACAUUGAUCGAUGUUGCAAGUAACCGUUUCUGCUACAAUGAUGGCUACCAUACGUCCCAUCAUCUGAAUCCUCGCCGCCACUGGAGGGACCAUCCCGUGGCCUUCCUGCAACAGAAGGACCGAUAUACCACCGAGAAUGCACUGGUGUUCCGCGACAUUGACUACAUCAUGAUCACCGUGAGAUUAUUGCGGAAGGACUAUCAUCAUCUCGCCAAGUGUCUAGUCCCGUUAGGGGACCAGAUCGGGAUGGAGCAAGAUGAAAUUGCGCAAAUGCUGCGCACUAAGACUCGGCGGUUCACGGAGGAUGAGAUCGAACGCAAAUUCCCCCGAAGGUCCCAGAGUCAUCACUAAAUGGCUGGCUCAUUUUGGUAAUAGCGUUAUUCUUUGGGAGGAAAAAGGUAUCGAGUGCGUUGCCAAGUUUCCAAUCCAGUCGCUUAGGAGGACCUGUCCCUCGUCAA